UUUGGUUACAGUUUAUUUUCAAUUUCAAAACGAUCAACAUCUUCUCGAAGAAAAAGAAACGAAGUAAAAGUGAACGGGUUCGGGUGGCCAAAGGAAGUGAAAUAAAAGACAAUUUUCAAACAUAAAGUGAUUGUGAUUCAAAGUGUUGUGUGAGAAAUUUGAAAAAAUACAAGGAUCAAAUAUUAUCACCAAUGCUUGAAUCCAUUCAGUUGUGAUUUCAAAUGUGGAGAGAUUAGCUGAGACCACCACACCACAAAAAUGCAUUUCAAACUAUUUUGGCUGUUAAUCACCGCCUGUGUUCUAAUAGCUGCAGUCACUGCCGCCGCCGAAGAGACAAAAGAUGCCCCCAAAAAUGCUGCCAAGAACGUAAAAAAGGCCCGCCUUAGGAAGAAGAUCGUUGAACGCCCCCAGGCCGAGGAGCCCAAGCCGGACGAUGCCAGUCUGGACGAUUUGGAUAAUUAUGACUACAGCAAUUACGAUGAUGAUUUGGGUUCCGAUGUUGACACAUUCGAGGCACAUGGUGUGGAGGUUGCCUCCUCCACCGCCACCCCCCGCAUGGCUUCCAAUGUCAUCAAUGCCUUCUCCUGUUUCUUUGAGGGCAACUGGUAUCGGGACAACGAUGAGUUUACCACCGAACAAAACAACUGUGUUCACAAUUGCAUUUGCCGGGAGGGGAAGGUCGACUGUACCCCCUCUGCAGAUUGCAAACUUGGACUUGGCCCUGCCAUAGAUUUGCAACCACUCGACGAAAUUCCCACAACAACUCCAAAACCUGUUACGCCAGCAACGACGCCGGCCUAUAACCCCUAUGAAGCAGCUUUGGGACCUCGUGGAGAGCCGGGCUAUCCUGGUGCCCAAGGUCCCUCAGGAGAGGCCGGAUUCCCUGGGGCACCUGGCACCCCCGGUGUACCUGGAAAUCCAGGUCCCCCUGGUCCCAUGCCCGACAUGAGCUACUAUCAUCAACAAUUGGCCGCUGAAUAUGCAAACUCCGACAAAGGCCCUACGGCAGCUGCUUUCUACGCCCCUGUACCAAUACCCACAAAUGGUCAGCCAGGACCUCGGGGUCCACCCGGCACUGUGGGACCUCAGGGUCCUCAAGGUUUCCAAGGCACACGUGGUGAGCCCGGAGAACCUGGUGUUCAGGGACCACCUGGUCCAAUGGGUCCCAGAGGUUUACCUGGUCCCCCCGGAAAAGAUGGCAUGCCUGGUGAGGAUGGAGAACCUGGACCCCAGGGUUUGGCUGGUACACCUGGCCCUCGUGGCCUUCCCGGUCUACCAGGUCAACCCGGAUUGAAAGGACAUCGCGGUCUACCCGGUUUGGAUGGAUCAAAGGGUGAUAUGGGUGCCCCCGGUGAAAAGGGGUCUGCUGGUGUAAUGGGCCCUGUGGGUCCACCUGGUUCAACUGGUCCCGCCGGUCCCCGCGGUGAACGUGGUCGUGAAGGUCCACCCGGCCAGCCUGGUGCUCGUGGCUUGGAUGGCAACCCUGGCACUCCCGGCCAACCUGGAGCCAUAGGUAAACCUGGACCUCCAGGUUUCCCCGGUAUUCCCGGCGCCAAAGGUGAUAUGGGUCACAUGGGCCCCAAAGGUGAUCAAGGUUUGCAAGGUCCACGCGGUGAGGCAGGUCGUCCAGGUGCCACAGGUGAAAAUGGUCUCCCGGGCCUUCCCGGUAAGGAUGGUAUGCCUGGCGACAAGGGUUCUAUGGGUGCUCCUGGUAUUGCUGGUCCUCAAGGUUUCCCCGGUCCCAGAGGACCCGAUGGCAUGCCAGGCAGUCCCGGUGAGCCCGGUGUAAAAGGUGCUGCCGGACAACCCGGCGAAAGAGGGUAUAAAGGUGACCAAGGCAUUAAAGGUGAAGCAGGCCAACCAGGCCCCAGAGGUCUACCCGGCACUGUUGGACCCGAAGGCAAGCGCGGCAAACGUGGCAUGCGUGGUCCCACCGGCCCAGCUGGUCCCACAGGUGAACGUGGUUCUCCCGGCAUGCCUGGUCUUCCUGGACCCGAUGGCCCCAUGGGUCCCAAGGGCACACCCGGUGAGAGAGGUGUACAAGGUCCUCCUGGCGAAAAAGGCAGCAAUGGUGAUAUUGGUCCUCCCGGUCUACCUGGUCUCCAGGGUUUGAGAGGUCUUCCCGGUCGUGUGGGUCCCGAUGGCAGAGAUGGUCCACCAGGUGAACGUGGUCCUCCAGGUGCAGAUGGAAAGCCCGGUGAACAAGGUUUGCAAGGUCUUCAAGGUUUGCCCGGUCCCAUGGGUAUACCCGGUGAUAAGGGUAUUCCUGGAGAACCUGGUAAGGCAGGCGAGCCCGGCGUUGCUGGCCCCCCUGGUCCGCGUGGUGAUAAUGGCAAAGAUGGUUUACCCGGAGCCCAGGGUCCACCUGGCCCACCGGGUCAAGAUGGUGCUCGAGGUGAAGCAGGUCCCACAGGUCCCAGAGGUUUCCAAGGUUUGCCAGGAGCUCCUGGUAGCCCUGGAUCCCCUGGCAAGGAUGGUGCUCAUGGCCCACCAGGUCCCCAAGGUCCAACUGGUCCGGCUGGUUUGAGAGGCGAAAGAGGUUAUCCCGGAGAACGAGGCCCUAUUGGUCAACCUGGUACACCUGGCGAAAGGGGUGAGCCUGGAAAUCCAGGACAUGAUGGACCACCGGGUCUCCCCGGCAAACAAGGCGAAAAGGGCCACAUGGGUGCCCCCGGUAUGAUGGGCAUACCCGGCCACAAAGGUCUACCCGGUCCAGCUGGUGUAAAGGGCGAACGUGGUAGCACAGGCCCCAUGGGACCCGAGGGUGCCCCCGGCCGUCCCGGUGAUAGAGGUCCCCAGGGUAAUGUUGGGCCACCAGGAGCCCCUGGUGAGCCUGGUGAACGUGGUAGUCCUGGCAAUCCUGGUACCCCUGGUGAACAAGGUGCAAAUGGUGCCCCCGGUGAAAGAGGUCCAAUUGGUCCAGCUGGUCCUCCCGGUUUUCCAGGUGCCCCUGGUAUUGUUGGUUUACCUGGAGCUAAAGGUGAUCGCGGUUUAAUGGGUAUUAAGGGUUCUCAAGGUGAUGUCGGUCCUCAGGGACAACCGGGCGAACAAGGUCUGCCCGGUCCAGUGGGUUUGACCGGUCCCAAGGGUGCUAGAGGUGAACCUGGUCUAAGAGGAGAGCCGGGUAUGAGUGGCUUGCCCGGAAGACCCGGAGAUGCUGGAGCACCAGGACAACCUGGCAGCCCCGGCCAGCCUGGUAUUGCUGGACCCCAAGGCCUCAAGGGUAGCUCGGGUGAGCCCGGACGCCCUGGCCAACCUGGACAACCUGGCUUGCAAGGACCCCCUGGCCCCGAGGGUCAAAAAGGCGAAACUGGCAAUGAUGGUCCACCCGGACCUCCCGGCACUCAAGGUCCCCAAGGUCCUGUGGGAGAUCGCGGUAUGCCUGGCUUACCUGGCCCUCCAGGAUCCCAAGGUUUACGUGGCAUGCGUGGUCCAGCUGGAGAAACUGGCCAACCAGGCAAACCUGGAAAGGAUGGCCCUCCCGGUCCCCAAGGUUUGAUAGGUCCACAAGGCAAUCCCGGUCCCCAAGGCGAACAAGGUCCCGUGGGACCUGCAGGUAAACCAGGUGCCCCAGGUAUUCAAGGACGUCCUGGUGAUAAGGGACCUCCCGGUCAACAAGGCAAUCAAGGCGCUCCCGGUAAUCCAGGUCUUCCUGGCCCACCCGGUCCGACUGGUCCAGCAGGUCAACAUGGUGAACGUGGUCCCAAGGGUGAAACAGGUCUACCCGGCGUGGUUGGUCCCAUGGGUCUUAGAGGCAAACCUGGUCCUCCGGGUAUUGAGGGCCCCAAGGGAGAAACUGGCGAACCAGGUCCUAAGGGUAUUAAGGGUCACAGAGGUUUGAUUGGUUUGCAAGGUUUACCCGGUUCCCCUGGUUUGAAGGGUGACACGGGUCUGCCGGGUCUACAAGGAGCUCCAGGCAAACCCGGAGAAAUGGGAAUGAGAGGUCCCCAGGGCAGAGAUGGCAAUCCCGGACCUCCAGGUCAACCAGGUCCUGCCGGCCCCAGAGGUUACAGCGGUCACGAUGGUAAACCAGGUCCUGUGGGCCCAGCCGGUCCUCCAGGUCCACCUGGUCCACCAGGUGAAACUUUGGGUUAUGAUGUUGCUGCCCUGACAGCCCUGCUCAACCAGGGUCAAACCAAGGGUGUGGAUGUUAUGGGUGAUCAGCCAAUGAUUGAUAAGCUAACGGAGGGCCUGUCCGAUGAGGAGAAACAGGCCUUGGUCAUGAAGGCCUUUGAUCAUGUCAAGGCCUCCUUUGAACGUUUCAAGCGUCCCAAUGGCCAACAGACUGCCCCAGCCAAAACUUGUCGUGACCUGUUUGCUGCCUAUCCUGACUUUAAAUCCGGAGAUUAUUGGAUUGAUCCCAAUGAGGGAGAUAUUCAGGAUGCCAUUUUGGUCUAUUGUGAAAAGGAGAGGAGAGCCACGUGCAUUAUUCCGCAACCCAAGGAGUCGAAUGUGUUGAGCUAUGUGGGCUCCGAAAAGGAAGUUUGGUUGGGUGAAAUGGCCGGAGGUAUGGACAUUAACUAUAAGACCGAUUCCAAUCAAAUGGGUUUCUUGCAACUGCUUUCCGGAAGGGCUAGCCAGAAGAUAACGUUCCAUUGUAGGAACACGGUGGCCUAUUUGCAUGAUGAUUCGACGGCAGCAAGGGAUGGCUUGAAGUUACUGUCCUGGAAUGAUGCUGAACUGACACCCAAGGGUCCCCAGAGAUUGCGCUAUGAAGCCGAGCUGGAUGAGUGCAGGAAACGUUCCAAUGCCUGGGCCAAGACCGUGAUCACCUACACCACCCAAAAGACCCAGCGUCUGCCAAUUGUCGACAUUGCCAUACGCGAUGUGGGUGAGACCAAUCAGCAGUUCCGUGUGCAGCUAGGAUCAGCUUGUUUCUAUUAGAGGCUUUGUAAUUUAGAAAACUCAUUUUUAGUUUAGAUUUUUAAGACGAAAAACAUGCCUAGAAGGACACUCUCUCUCUCAGCGAACGAAUUUACUUAAGUUAUGGACAUUUUGAGAACAAAAAAAAAAUACCCCUCACCUGGUAUACAGACGCAAGAAACUCUCACUGCUUACAAUAGACUUUAAGGAAACAAAACCAAAAAAAUAGCAAAUAAUGUAGAUAAAAAUCGCCAAAAAAUAAAGUUACUUACUGACUUCUAUAAAGCAAUUUGCAAUUAAAUUGAAAUUGAAAUUUAA